AAGUUGUAUCUUUUCGGAUACAUUUCGAGAUCUACUAUCCAGUUCUGAAACUGAAUCUGUAGUGCCGAAAUCGUCCAACAAAAUCUCAACGAAUAAUCCCAAAUUAAAAACAAAGUUCUUACGUUUUAUCUUCAACAUGUUUAUGGCUUAUUUUCAAAAACUUAAUCAAAUCGCAUACGCGUCCGCGUUACUUGCCGCAAUUGCAGCUGCUCCGAGGGUCACCCUGCACCUGGAGCUCAGCGAGCAGUUGACCACCGUGGAGUUCGAUUAUCCACCAUUCGGACCACUUCUUGUCUAUGCUAUGGUACUAACCACUUUGGCAAUGGCGCCCAGUAGCCUGAUCCCAUCCAGCCUACCCCGAAGAUUCCCGAAACUGUGCUUCAUGGCGAUGGUACCCUGGGCAGGAGUGGCUCUUUCGAAUUUCUUCGAUAAUUUCUUACUUCAAAUUCGGGCUAUUGUUCAUGUAUCUCGCGGUAAUCAUCCCCAGGCUAUCAUCUUCGCUCUGUUCAUCUAUGUGGGACUGUUUGUGUGUGCGAUUGAACAAGUUAUGCACUGGGUGGCAGUUCACUUCCUGAUCACCGAGGAGACACUCACAUGCUUUGCCUACUGCCCCAAGUCGAGCAGAUAUUUGUGAGCGUUAAUAAGAAUAUGUUUGUGUUUUUGCUGAUCUAAAUCCGUAAGAAGAAAGAGUGAGGAAUACUAAGAAACCUCCAGAAAGUUACUGAAUUGUUGUAUAAUGCUCUCCUGAUCGAAACAAAAAUAAAAGAUAUGUUAUGUUCUGUGUCAAGUA